UGCCGACCUGCGGGGUUGCCUUUGGGGUUGGUUUAACUCCUGACAGCGGGAGGUUUGUGCGCUCAGGCUGCACUCGCGAAGCUCCGGGGGUUUGAAAAUGUAUUAGGUGAGGCGUUGGUCCGAAGUCAGUUGAUGGUUAGAAAUAGUGGUGUCAUUUUAGACUUAGCGGAAGUGGAGCGCUUGAAAGCUUCGUGCGGUUCUCCCAUCAGUUGUGGGAGUGUCGUUAUGCCGCGGAUCUCGCAGCUUGUACGGUUCUGGGAUCGGGAGGUCAUGAAACGAGUGCGCACCGAGCAGAUUCAGAUGGCAGUGUCCUGCUACCUCAAACGCCGGCAGUACGUGGACUCCGAUGGUCCCCUGAAGCAAGGACUGCGGCUGUCACAGACUGCUGAGGAGAUGGCGGCCAACCUCACAGUUCAAUCAGAAUCCGGUUGUGCCAACAUAGUGUCUGCAGCCCCUUGCCAGGCAGAGCCCCAGCAAUAUGAAGUACAGUUUGGACGACUACGAAAUUUUCUCACUGAUUCUGAUUCCCAGCAUAGCCACGAAGUGAUGCCUCUCCUCUAUCCUCUCUUUGUCUACCUCCACCUCAACCUGGUCCAGAACAGUCCGAAGAGCACAGUGGAAAGUUUUUACAGCCGCUUCCAUGGAAUGUUUCUGCAGAACGCUAGCCAGAAGGAUGUCAUUGAGCAGCUACAGACCACUCAAACCAUCCAGGACAUCCUGUCUAACUUUAAGCUUCGAGCAUUCCUAGAUAACAAGUACGUGGUCCGUCUCCAGGAAGACAGCUACAACUACCUUAUCCGCUACCUCCAAAGUGACAACAACACCGCCCUGUGCAAAGUACUCACCUUGCAUAUCCAUCUUGACGUGCAGCCUGCCAAGAGAACAGACUACCAGCUCUAUGCCAGCGGCAGCUCCUCUCGAAGCGAGGGCAACGGCUUAGAGCCCACUGAUAUGCCCGCCCCUAUUCUGCAGAAUGAGGCUGCCCUGGAGGUCUUGCAGGAGAGCAUUAAGCGCGUCAAGGAUGGCCCUCCCUCCCUCACUACCAUCUGUUUCUAUGCCUUCUAUAACACAGAGCAGCUGUUGAACACUGCAGAAAUCUCCCCAGAUAGCAAGCUGCUUGCUGCUGGGUUUGACAACUCCUGUAUAAAACUGUGGAGUUUACGAUCCAAGAAGUUAAAAUCAGAACCCCAUCAAGUAGACGUGUCUCGCAUCCACUUGGCUUGUGACAUUCUGGAGGAGGAGGAUGAUGAGGAUGACAAUGCGGGCACAGAGAUGAAGAUACUACGGGGACACUGUGGACCAGUGUACAGCACAAGGUUCCUCGCAGACAGCUCAGGGUUGCUCUCUUGUUCUGAAGACAUGUCCAUUAGGUACUGGGACCUCGGGAGUUUCACCAACACUGUGUUGUACCAAGGACAUGCCUACCCUGUGUGGGACCUGGACAUUAGCCCAUAUAGCCUGUACUUUGCCAGCGGGUCCCAUGACCGCACCGCGAGGCUGUGGUCAUUUGAUCGGACGUACCCGCUGAGAAUAUAUGCUGGACACCUGGCAGAUGUGGACUGUGUCAAAUUCCACCCUAAUUCAAACUACUUAGCCACAGGCUCGACUGACAAGACUGUCCGGCUAUGGAGUGCUCAACAGGGGAACUCCGUGAGGCUCUUCACGGGCCACCGUGGCCCUGUGCUCUCUCUUGCCUUUUCUCCCAAUGGUAAGUACUUGGCAUCAGCUGGUGAGGACCAGCGGCUGAAGCUAUGGGACUUGGCCUCUGGGACCCUUUAUAAAGAACUGAGAGGCCACACGGACAAUAUCACCAGCCUCACCUUCAGUCCGGACAGUAGUCUGAUCGCCUCUGCAUCCAUGGACAACUCUGUGCGUGUCUGGGACAUCAGGAACACUUACUGCAGCACACCUGCCGAUGGUUCCUCUGGGGAACUCGUGGGUGUGUACACCGGGCAGAUGAGCAAUGUACUGAGCGUGCAGUUCAUGGCCUGCAACCUUCUCCUAGUGACUGGAAUCACACAAGAAAAUCAGGAACAUUAAUUUUUUUUUUUUUUUUAUCUUUGUUGUAAUGGACUGGGGCAGUAGUGGAAAGCCUCCAGGUUGCAAGUCUUAGGACAAAUUAAGAUUGAAUCACUGACUGACUGUGAAAGACUCCCUGCUUCUCCCCCUUCUCCCUUGCAGACAUCCUGAGCUCAUCACCCCUUCACUCGGUCCCCCAAAUGUCGAAGGACUGGAGGGGGAAGGUGCUGGGAUUGGACAUGAGAUGGAGAAUUAAGAGGCUCUGGAGGUCAGAUUGCAAGUUCUUCAGAGAUCCCACCUGUGUCCUCACGCGAGCACCUUCGUGUCUGUCUCCUUUUCCCGUCUGUAAACCCGAGAUGCUGCUUACCUCGCUGCCGGGUGCUGCAUUUGGUCCGAGGAUGGUUGCGGGGCGCCCUCACAAGGAGCGGCGCCACAGGGUCACAUGUGCCCAGGUGCUCGGGUGGAAGGGAUCUUUACUGGUCUAGGAAUGCAGGGGUGGGAACUAGGAAUGGGGGGCGGGGGUCAUCCUGGCAUAAAGUCUUUCCUUUUCCGUAAUUACAGAGAACCAGGAUUUUUUAUUAUUAUAAUUAUAAUUAUUAUUAUUAUUGAGAAGAGGAAACCUAGCACUGGCAGAGGGGCCUUCUCUGCUCUCAUCUUUCAGGUUUUACUCCUGGCACUGGCUGUGAUACUUGGAAUCUUGAGGUUCAGGGAAUUCAGAGAAUUUGGUAGCAGAGUGUUUUGGGAGAAAGGGAAAAUUUCUGGGUGAUGGAUUGAUCACUCCGGCUGACAUGUGUCUAGAGGUGGGUGGGUGGGUCUGUUUGAGAAAGUCCUGGCUCUUGCAGUGAUGGUGGGAGAGGAAGAGUCUCCUCAUGGCUGCACUUCUAUGAACAGUUCUCUCCCCUGAAAGGACAGAUUGUGGUAAAGAAAUGAAAAUAAUUUAAAGUGAUAAGUCAAAAAAAUAGAAUUAGAAGAUGUUAAAUUUUCCAAAUGCCCAUUUAUUCCGAGGUGUGGCUUUUUCAAUGUGUUUUUCUCCUGCGAUCAUUUGCUCCCACCUCCUGCAUUGCAAUAGCGUUUUAAUGAACACUUUGUGAAACAAAACGUAAGUACAUACACACAUCUAAAACUGUGCUUUGGGAUAAAGCAAGUUCGAAUUCGUGGAAAAAGGAUUAAAUAUUUCUGUUUUCUGAAGAGA